AUGGCCAAACCCGAAUCGAAGAAAAGCGGCGUGGUCUUCGGGACCAGCCGGUCUGCCGCAGCGGAAGAGCAGGUCAACAACGGGUCACUCGACUUGUCUUCAACCGGGGGGUCCCACGAUCCGGCACCGGCAGCACCCACAAGCGCAACCAAACCAAAAUCUGGGAAACAGGGAUCACGAGAGAACGGUUCGCGACGUACGACGGAGUCUGAAGUAUUUGAUGACGGAACCAUCACCUUCUUCUGGAGAGCCCACACGCUGACCGUGCUGUUCAGCCUGACCUGCGCCCUGGUGUACGUCACCCUGCUGGAGGAGACGCCCCAGGACACCGCCUACAACACCAAGAGAGGGAUCGUGGCCAGCAUCUUGGUGUUCCUCUGCUUUGGGGUGACGCAAGCGAAAGAUGGUCCCUUUACCAGACCACAUCCAGCAUACUGGCGUUUCUGGCUAUGUGUCACUGUCGUCUACGAGCUCUUCCUCAUCUUCAUCCUGUUCCAGACUGUCCACGAUGGGCGGCAGUUCAUGAAGUACAUCGACCCCAAACUGGGCGUGGCCCUGCCGGAGCGUGGCUAUGGGGGCAACUGCCUCAUAUACGACCCGGCAAACACCACCGACCCCUACCACAACCUCUGGGACAAGAUGGAUGGAUUUGUGCCCGCCCAUUUUCUGGGCUGGUAUAUCAAGACUCUGAUGAUCAGAGACUGGUGGAUGUGUAUGAUCAUCAGUGUGAUGUUUGAGUUCCUGGAGUACAGUCUGGAGCAUCAGCUGCCCAACUUCUCAGAGUGCUGGUGGGACCACUGGAUCAUGGAUGUGUUGGUGUGUAAUGGUAUGGGGAUCUACUGCGGGAUGAAGACCCUGGGUUGGCUGUCCAUGAAGCCGUAUCAGUGGCAGGGCUUGUGGAACAUCCCCACCUACAAGGGGAAGAUCAAGCGAAUCGCCUUCCAGUUCACGCCCUACAGCUGGGUGAAGUUCGAGUGGAAGCCGGCCUCCAACCUGCGCCGGUGGCUGGCCGUCCUGGGCAUCAUCUUCAUGUUCCUGCUGGCGGAGCUGAACACGUUCUACCUGAAGUUCGUGCUGUGGAUGCCUCCGGAACACUACCUGGUGCUGCUGCGCCUCGUCUUCUUCGUCAACGUGGGCGGCGUCGCCAUGCGGGAGAUCUACGACUUCAUGGACGACCCUAAGUUUCAUAAGAAGCUGGGGCAGCAGGCUUGGCUGGUGGCAGCCAUCACAGUGACGGAGUUCCUCAUCGUGGUGAAGUACGAUCCCCACACCAUCAUGCUGCCCAUCCCCUUCUUCGUCAUGCAGUGCUGGGUCCUGGGCAUCGUCCUCAUCCUCACCUGGACGCUGUGGCGUUUUUUCAUCCGGGACAUCACCAUGCGCUACAAGGAGACGCAGCGCCGCCGACAGGAGGGGGCGGGGGACCGGGACCGCGGCAACGGCGGUGGCAACGGCGGCUCGGCCACCACAGGACGCAGCAAACUGAACGGCAGCUCCGAGUCACUCAAGCACAGGAAGUCCUGAGCGACCCUGCCUGGGGGGCCCGGGGGCCUGGGGGGAUG